CAUCUUCUUGCUCCCAGACCGCGAUGUCGUCCCAUCCUGUCAUCGAGUUCACCUCUUCGUCCUCAUGGGCAAUGAUUGAGGACAAGUUCUCUCCCUUCGCGAAGGAGACGUUGGCGAAGCUCAUCAAGUUCCAACAAGAGGAGGUCUGGCCUGCCCUCAGAGUUGCGCAUGCCCAGCUACCAGAUGGCGAGGCGCGCUGGAAGACCGUCAUUCCGAUUGUCGCGGACCUGAAGAAGAGGGCGCGUCAGCUCGGCCUGUGGAACCUCUUCCUGAGCAAGACGCAUUACCCUCAGCACGGUGUCGACUUGACCAACCUCGAAUAUGCAGUCAUGGCCGAGAUUCUGGGGAGGGGCGGUCACUUUGCUUCAGAGAUCGUAAACUGCUCUGCUCCAGACACAGGAAAUAUGGAGGUUCUUGCCCGCUAUGGAUCUCCAGAGCAACAGAAGAAGUGGCUGCUGCCUCUGCUCAACGGAGAAAUCCGCUCUUCAUUUGCUAUGACAGAACGCUUCGUCGCUUCCUCGGACGCCACAAAUAUCCGCACCUCAAUACGUCAAGAAGGCAACGAGAUCGUCAUCAACGGUCACAAGUGGUGGAUCUCUGGCGCGGGCGAUCCGCGCUGCGCCGUGCACCUUGUCCUCGGCAAGAGCGACCCCAACAACUCGGACCGCUACCAGCAGCAGAGCAUCGUCAUUGUCCCCGCGAACGCUCCAGGCGUCAAAAUUGUCCGGCCCAUGAAGGUCUUUGGUUACGACGACGCCCCAGAGGGACAUUGCGAGAUCAUCUACGACAAUGUCCGGGUGCCCCUCAGCAACCUCAUCCUUGGUUGGGGCAAGGGCUUUGAGAUCAUCCAGGGUCGUCUUGGACCAGGUCGUAUCCACCACUGCAUGCGUUCCAUUGGUGCUGCCCAGAGCGCGCUCGAUCUCAUGCUCUCCCGUGUCACCGACCCGGCGCGCAAGACGUUUGGCAAGUACCUGUAUGAACAUGGAACCGUCGUCGCGGACAUUGCCAAGUCCCGUGCAGAAAUCGAGAGUGCACGACUGCUAGUGCUGAGCGCUGCGAUCCAGAUCGACAAGUACAAGGCCAAGGGUGCACUGAAAGAAAUUGGUAUCGCCAAGUUCGUCGUUCCCUCAAUGGCCCUCCAAGUCGUGGACCGCGCGAUGCAAUCCUUUGGCGCUGAGGGUGUCUCACAGGACCAGGCUCUCGCUGCGACAUGGGCUGGCCUCCGCACCCUCCGGUACGCGGACGGCCCCGACGCCGUGCACAUCCAGCAAAUUGGCCAGCGCGAGCUGAAGCGUGCGCCCGAGGUGACCAGGCGGCUAGAACAAAUCAGGGUGAAGGAAAAGGGACUUUUCGCGAAGUAUGGUGUCAAGUCGCAUUUGUGAACUCAUGGCAAACUCCUGCUUUGCGUGUAAAAUAUCUGCUGUAUGGUCAUCAUGAAGGAAAUCCUCAUGGUGAGAGUAUGACUCUCAGUUUGGAUGAACGACUUGCAGAUGGGUGGCACGACCGCGCACGAUGUGGAUGACGCUGUAGUCAGAGUGAGGCAAAUGAAU